AUGAUCCUUCCAACUCUUCUUCUCGCAGGCCUUGCGCAGGCUCUGCCACCAAAAGCAGAACCAGCUCACUAUCUGGAGUCUCGUCAGUUUGGUGGUAGCGGCUUCACCAUGUUGCGAUUCGGCUGUGCUCAAGCCGUCAUCGACCGUAUCGACCCUUUGGUCAACCCCGGCCAGGCUCCGUCGCCGCACAUGCACCAAGUCGUCGGCGGCAACGCAUUCAAUAUCUCGAUGGCGUCUACAGAUGUUUCUAAGCUUGCCUCGUGCACCACGUGUGGCUACUCUGAGGAUGUAGGUCACUGGAUGCUGCAGUUUCUCGGACCUUCGAAUGUGUACUUCAAGGCUCGCAACGGAACUUACAAGCGUGUUCCCCAGAUUCCCAAUCGAGAUCUCUUUAACGACAAGUACACCGGAAAGACCACAGGUGGCUUUGUGGUAUAUUAUGUCUCGCCAGGCAAGGGAAAGACGACAGCCUUCAAGCCUGUAUGUAUUCGACCAGACGGUGCAGCACGAUUUGAUCAGGGAUUCCGUAUGCUCGUUGGAGACGCCACCAACCGUGUGAGCAAGAACAGGAAAACACAGAGCUGCUUCCGUUGCUACAGCUCCGACAACUUUGGAGGAGAUAACGCUGCUCCUUGUGCCGAUGCCAAGCUCGACACUGAGGGCUUCCCAAAGAACGCAUGUCCAGGUGGCAUACGCUCCAACAUCCUGUACCCAACCUGCUGGGAUGGCGUCAACCUCGACUCGCCUGACCACAAGUCGCACGUCGCGUAUCCCAUCGAAGGGCCUGCCGGCUUCUCAGGAACUGGAAUCGCUGGAAAGUGUCCAUCUACUCACCCGGUCACUAUCCCACAAGUCAUGCUUGAGGUUGUCUGGGACACCCGCAAGUUCAACAACAAGGCUGAAUGGCCUGCCGAUGGCUCGCAGCCCUUCUACCUCAGCAUGGGAGACAACACUGGAUACGGUCAGCACGGAGACUACGUGUUUGGGUGGAAGGAUGACUCGCUCCAGAAGGCCAUGGACGAUGCCAAGGGCUGCAUGGGUGCCAGCUGCGGUAGCUUGAAGACCCAACAACCCGAUUCUGGUAACAAGUGCUUGACCACGAACCGUGUCAAGGAAGAUGCCGAUGGCUGGAUGAAGAGCCUCCCAGGUAUGGAAGGAAUGCCCAUGUAA